AUGUCGAACCCGUACUACUCUCAGCAGCCGUCAGGGCGGCAACCUUUCUACGAUAACCCACUCACCGAUGCACCCUAUCAACCGCAUCAGCAAGCAUACCCAUACUCUACCUCGCAAACCAACAUGUUGGGCUCGCACCAAGACGGUCUCGACUACAACCACUUCCACGCUGGCCCCACCGCCAACUCUUCCUACAACCUCCACCCUUACCACGACCCCUACAACAACACUACGCCGGCCUCUGAACAACUCCGUCCGAGCUUUUCGAACCACAGUCAAUCCUACACGCGCGAAACACCGUACACGAAAGAACCUCAUCCGACCACCAACCUGUCCGACGAUGGGGGUCAGGAUCUCACGCUGCGCGGGACCGAGUACGCUUUCACCAAGGACGAAGCUUCCGGUCGAUACGGUGUCGGACGGGGACAUCGGAUCGAGGCGUCGGACGGGUUGCUUCCGGAUACGCCGCCGGAUGUGUCGCGACUCAACGCGGAACAGCGCGAGAUCAUGAAGCAGUUCCCGCCCGAUCUCGACGAACCCAACGGUGGCAAGAGCGGUGUCCAGGCGGCAAAGGAUCUACUGAAACAGUGGAAGACCUGGUUUCACUGGAGGUACCUUCACUGGUGGGUCAUGCUCGUCGUCGUCAUCGCCAUCGUUGCCCUCACCACGAUCUACCACAGACAGAUCGUGGAUUGGUUGACACCCAUCUCGAAAAAGGUCACCACCGUAGCGUGGGGUUGGGUCAUACCCGUGGCGAUUCUGUUCAUCAUCUCCUUCCCACCGCUGUUCGGACACGAGAUCGUGCUGAUCCUCGUUGGACUGGUGUACGGCAUCUGGAUCGGUUUCGGCAUUGCCAGCUUGGGAACGCUGUUGGGAGAGAUCGGUAACUUUUACGCCUUCAAACACUGCCUCAGGAGUAUGGCGAGCAACUACGAGAAGAAGAACAUCCACUACGCGUGCAUGGCCGAGAUGGUCCGAGACGGUGGCUUCUGGGUCAUGUUCCUCGCCCGCCUCUCGGCCAUCCCCGGACACUUCACCACCGCCGUGUUCGCCACCGUCGGUAUGAACAUCUUCGUCUUCACGUUCGCUGCCAUCCUCGCGUUACCCAAGCAGCUGCUGAUUGUAUACCUCGGUGUAGCCAUCAAAAAUUCCGGUACGGGGACGGAGGAUACCAAGAGCAAAGUGAUCAAGUACGUGGUGCUGGUGAUCAGUUUCAUCAUUACGGUGUGGACGGCGUACUGGUUGUACCAGAAGAUGGAGAAGGUGAGACCGGUGGUGAGCAAGAGGUUGAGGCAGAAGAGGUACGAGCUGCUGCUGCAGGCGAGGACGCCCGGCACGGAAGGGUUCAAUGGGAGGGAGGAGCAUACCUAUCCGCCGAUGAUGGGGGGAAGAGGUGCGGUGGAUGCCAGUUAUGGCUAUCGUCGCGAGGAGGGGGUUGAGGAUAGUUGGGCUGGUGGUGGAGUGGGUGAUGUUUCGGAGGAGACGUUCAACGAUUCCGCGUACGGGAGGUUGCCAAAGUCGGCAGGGACAAAUCGACAGAGAGGCGACUUUUCCGCGCCACCGCCAGCAGGGACGCUGUACCCAACCCAGCCUUCAGCAUCGGCGCCAGCGGGCCGCCAACCAUCCACCGCACCCCUGCAGUUCCACCGCCCCACGCGUCAAAACAUCCCGCUUUCCACCGCCGAACCAACCUCCCCCUUCCGCGAUCCCCCCGCCGCACUCAAACCCGCACAGCAGAGCGUGGCGAGGGAGGACGAAGAAACUCCGCUCACAAGGGGCAACGGCGAUUGGGCGAGCGGCUCCUCCCUCGGCGCCUCCAGUCCCGUCGACGGUCCCCCGCCCGACUACGCCAGCUUCGUAGCGGGUGCCAGGGGCGUACAGCCGACGACGUCGAACGAGCCCAUGUCGAGAGGCGGCGUGGAUCCGCACGUCCAGAGGUAUCACUUGUCCGAUUGA